AAAAAAAAAAAAAAAAUUAAGAGAAAGAGGAGGAAAUAAUAACAGAGGGAAUCUCAGAUCGCGCGCUGGAGAAGUCAAGUGGGCAAUGGUGAUAGCGUGAUCGUCGUACCAACAUCAACAACUUCAGUCCCGCCAGCAGACGCCGUUCUUAUCAUGCCUGCUGAUGAUAUGCUGGCCUAUGUGGCCCCUGAGCGCAAGGCGUUCAAAAGACCGCAUUGGCGAGACAAGCUCUUCUCCAAGGAUAAGAACCACCUGGUUUCCGCCGACCAGCAGGUCGAAGCCUUUCUAGGCGCCUCGCGCCCCCAGCCUGUUGAGCACCACGUCGCUGCUACGACUCCGCGCGGUCUACCCAUGACUACCCGCCUCGAGGUCUCGGCGCCCGAUCGAUUGCCAUCGACCCACGAUGUCACCGGCACCUCGCCUCGCUCGAAUCCCUCCUCGGCUACAGAUGCCUUCCCGCCCGUUUCCUUUCACACGACAAGUCCCAAGAAAGCCCGGCCGCGCAAGCAUCUGCGCGUCAAAUUCAGUACCAGGGAACCCGCGGUCAUGGGUGAGGGCGGCGAUGAGUGCGAGAUUCCGACUCGCGACAUGCGCAAGGCGAACCAGGCCCGUUCGCAAGACCACCCCGCCGCCCCUCCCUCCCAGCUCGCCCGCCCAGAGGCUCCCGAGACCACCGAUCCUGCUGCUCGGCCCACGGACUUGCGAGUUGACACCUCGUUUGGAGAUCGCGAUCGUCACCGGGCUGCCCCCCCGGAACUGCUCAAAGGUGGGCCCAAGCUGGACUCUGGCCACCCGUUGUUGAUCAACAGCCCCCAGGAUGCCGAUUUCCUCAUGGCGCUGAAUCUGGGAGACGCCGGCUCCCGCCUGUCCUUCCGCGCCUCGCCCGAAUCCAACUCGUUUGCUCAGCGUGUCCGGGCCAAGAUGCAGGCCGAAGAGGGCCAGGCCUUGCACAAUCGAUACCACGGAGAGCCGCCAUCGCCUGCCAACGAAAACCCACAACCACAACCACAUCCACCUCUGGCGUCAAACUCCCCCCCGGCAGCGUCGUAUAGCCCGUAUGCAGUCUCACCAGUUGGCCGGCCAGAGACCGGCCUCUCCUCGACGACCAACACCCUCCGGUCCCCGCCCAGUCCCCUCAUGCGGAAACCAAGCGGCGAUGCCAGCCCCAUCGAUCCCAAUCUCCCCGCGAACCUGACCCCAGGAGGAGGCUUGGCCCAGCACCACAAGUCUCCACCACGUUAUCGAGCCAUGCCGCAGGACCAUGGCGCCGCCGACCGGCCGCCGCCGAGUAGGGACGGCCGUGAUGUCCGCGACGUUUCUCGGAGCCCGCAACCACCCCCCCCACAGACGAACUCUCAACCACCGAAAAUCUCCCUACGCUCGAUUGCCAACCAGUUUGGAGACACGGCCUUUGUGGAAUUCAAAAGCCAUAUUGAACGCUACGAGUCCCUCUUCCAGUUGGCUGCGGAGACGAGCAAGCCCCUGGCGGAAACGUCGCUGGCAGAAUGGAUCCGGGCGGCGGCAUGGUGGUUCCUGCGUGGCAAGACUCGAUUGGAAGCGUAUGCGCGCUCCCGGCCCCCCAGCGCAGGCGCAGGCCGACGGGCCGCGUCCGAGAGCGCCAAGCAGGCCGUCCUUGACCUGGGCAAAUCCCUGUGGAUCAAUGAACAACUGGUGCCCCAACACCGGGAGCUGAGCAGGUACGGGGCAAUGGGCGUGGAUGCGUUGCUGGCCGUGGCCAACACGACCGGAGACAAGCCGUUGGCCGAUCUGUUGGGCCUCCACCAGGGGAUGAUGAAUCAUCUCCGCUCCCUGGCUAUGUCGAUCAAGCGCAACAAUAUCCUGGGCACGCUCUCGCCCACCCAGGACUCCGCUCCGGACCACCACACCGACACCAGCAUCUGGAUGCAGUAUCCUUCCUUUGCGCCCGAUGUCUCGGCCGUGCUGUCCGGGGCUGCGACGCGGUCCAUGCUGGUCGAUCGAUCCGGCCGGGCGCCGACGACCGUGCAGAUGAUGCCGCUGGGCGACAAUAGCCGCUAUUUCAGCUACGGAAGCAUGUUCGUCGACGUCUACGUCAGCUCCGAGGAGGACGACUCGCGCCAGUACUCCAUGCCCUGUGUCCUGUCCAUCAUCCGGGACCGUGCCGACUGGUACGUCCUGGCGGGCAUCAGCAGCCAAAGCGAGCUGGUCAAUGUGAUGAUCCAGGGCGACCGCAAGCAAGGGCCCACCUGGGACGACGUGGAGUGGCAGGUGAGGACGCAUUCGAUGCGGGUCAAGCUGCCGCGAGGAUUCGAACUCAACGUCGAGUUCCAAGAAGAGGAUUUCAAGAUCAUCUGGAACAUCGUCAAGUACACCCUGAAGACGGAAGCCAGUCUCCAUCCCGAAGCCGGCGAAUCGGUCGUUUUCGAGAACACCAUCAAGGUCUUCCAGUACAUGGAUCCCGCGCCGCAAAAGGCCUUCCCCCCGGAACCCAGUGAAAAGUGCCGGCUCCGACUGUUUGAACGUUCGGUGACGGUCACCGAGGGGACAGGCACCCGAAGCAUGCACCAGGGGUUUCGGCUCUCGGUCGUGACCCACCCCAAAGUCAAGACGUUGAGCAGCGUCCGCCAUCUGCUGGGAUACGGCGCGCCAAUUGUGUUUGGGCUCCUCCGGGGCGAGAAUGGCGCGCCCGCCUUGCUGCUGAAAGUCACCGAAGAUGGUCGCACCCGUUCCAUGCUGCUCACUUUCGACGAAGUCAAGGACCGAACCACCAUGCACUCCCUCCUGCUGGGCCUGGUGACCCGCGAGCGAGAGUUGAAGAUCCCCGACAUUCCCGUGCAAUCGUUCAAGAUCGAGCAGCCGGCUAGCAAGGCCAACGGCUCGUCGCCCCCCGCGGUCUCGCACAUCCAGUUUCCCGCCGGCCAUGCUUUGGUCAUUGACCAGGAUCAUGUGUUUGUCGAGCAUGGCUACGGUCCCACGGUGCUUUCAGAGCAUCUGCGGGUCAUCGUUUCCACCGAGUGGGGGUCUGUGACAGAUCGGAUCAAUCUAGGCCCUGGUGAAUUGAAGCUCCGGUUGGAUGUUCAUAAACAGACUGGCUUGAGCCUCUAUCGCCCUGGACAGCAGGAUCUCACGGUUUCCGUGGCCGAUAACCUCAUCCGCAAGGAGAUGCCCGACACGUUGACCAAAUUUCUCCAGACGGCCAAGACACAGCCAAUGGUUCGACGAUUCGAAUUCGCCAAUAUGCAGGGUCUUCAUGCCUUUGAAGAAGCCGUCACUGGCUUCAAAGUCUUAUUCGACGGGGUCGCCUCUUCAUUCACCAUCUCGCGGCGGCGAAUGGUCGUCCCCAUCUACAAGAAGUGGGAGGCCACUCUGGCUCGAAUCCAGGUGGUGCGGCAAGACACCGUCAUCCAGCUGCUGGCCUUCUUUGGAGACUUUAGCCACGGAAGCUGCCUGAACUUUGUCCUCAAGAGCACCGACCACAUGGAAAGCUUCAGUCGCUCCGGCAAGUUUGGCAUCCGCAUCGUGGACGCCAAAUUCGCCUUGCCAAAGACCGACGACGAUCCCUCGGCCGACUUUGUCUGCCUCGAUAUGCCCGAGUAUCCCAUUGAGCACGACGACAUUGCCAUUGCCUUUGAUGCCGAAGCCGGUACGUCCUUACUCUCUCCUCUCUUCUGUUCCCACCACUGCUCACGUCUCACUUGUCUAGAUCGGCGGAACUUCCAGGCGGCCUUGCCCAGCUCGGUGAGGGAACCGUCGCGCAUGGGCUCGCUUCGCCGCUAGUCCAACCUCCUACUGUUUACUUUACUUUCCUUCAACUCCCUCUGC